UAUUUUUUUCGCCAUCAAAACUUGCAGAAACACGAGCAACUCCAAAAAAAAAUGCAUCUCCUUUCCCUCUUACCCAUCUCACUCUUGUCAUUUCUCGCAACAGCGCAGGGUUAUGGCCAGUGUUCCCGCCCAAUCACCCGGCGCGAAUGGCGGACUCUUUCGUCCGGCGAGCAGCAAGACUACAUCGAGGCUGUGCAGUGCCUGAUGGAAAAGCCCCCGCGAUCUUCCAUCCCGGCCGCCAUCAGCCGGUACGACGAUUUCGUCGGAACGCACAUAGUGCAGGCCGACGAGACGCACUUUGUCGGCAUCUUUUAUCCCUUUCACCGCCUCCUCGUGGCCUCCUUUGAGCAGACCCUGCGUCGCGACUGUGGCUACGCCGGCGCCCAGCCCUACUGGGAUUGGACCUUGGAUCUCGACGACCUGGAGGGCAGCCCCAUCUUCGACCCGGACACGGGCUUCGGCGGUAACGGCGACUGGGUUGAUGGGACCUUGGACAAUCCAGAGUGGGGAGUUCCUGUGGUCGCGCACCAGGAUUUCGACGACAGAUCAGGAGGCGGCUGUAUCCCCAACGGGCCGUUCCAGGGCAUAGUUACCAGCAUGGGGCCGAACAGAAAUAUUGAGCGGCAGCGGGCUCGCUGUAUCAGGAGGGAUUUUGCUCCCGAGACUUUCCGGGACAGGUGCAAUGUCGAGGAGAGCAUGGACCAGGACUUCUUUGUUGGUUUCCACAGAGCCAGUGAAUCCAUGGCGCAUGCCAGCGGCCAUUACGGUAUUGGGGGUUUGUAUGGUGCCAUGACGGAUAAAUGGGCAAGUCCCGCCGACCCGAUAUUCUGGCUGCACCACAGCAAUGUCGACAGGUUGUGGUGGUCGUGGCAGAUGCGCGACAUUCAAAAUCGCCUCACUGACAUCUCUGGCCCUCUUGUGGCCCAUGAUUGGACGAACUGGAAGGGCGGCAACAUCUCUUUGGAGUAUCGAGUCAAGCUUUCGGCGAUUGGAGACGAGGCACCCAUCUUCGAUCUGAUGGAUAUACAGGGAUCGUAUCUCUGCUAUGACUUUGACGAGCUUUAUGAAUGA